GAAAAUUACUGAGAUUAAAAAAUAUUUUAGAAAGUUGCCUGCUCUGAAAAUACCUGAAUAAUUUGCGCAUUGGUUUGGGACAGGUUCACUAAUGCAAGCAAAUACAUGCAGUUAUAUUUCUCUCCUUUAGGUGUCACUGUUGUUUUGCUCUUCCCCAGGUAAUUAUGCUGAGGUACGCUAAUGAAUCUUCUCAGUUUUCAGGUAGUAUCAAGGUCACAGAAAUUUAGACGGGCAUUCAUUUACUAGGGAGGGAUAAGCACAGUCUCACAGCACAAACUAAGAUUAGGAGCCUUUACAUUUCUUCUUGGGACAUCCCCGCCGCAAAUGUGAUGCAGUCGCUUGCACAAGAGAUAAAAUCCUUCUCCAAAAGUAAAUUGCGAAAACAAUGCACCAGAGUAACGACUUUGAGCGGCAGGCGGAUUAUUGAGACAUGGAGAGGCUCCACUGUACAGGUGGUUGAGGAAACUGUACAGCCUGAAACUGCAUGUGGAUAUGUUCAGGAUAAUAACUGGGAUCUUCAGGUCGGAUAUAUUAAACCAUAUAUGUUGCUUGGGUCACAAGAUGCCGCUCAUGACUUUGGUACUUUGAGGAAAUAUAAGGUCACACAUAUAUUAAAUGUUGCGUAUGGCGUGGAAAAUGCCUUCCCUGACUUGUUCAUCUAUAAGACACUGAGCAUAAUGGAUCUGCCUGACACUAAUAUCAUAUCAUAUAUCAAGGAGUGUGCACAGUUUAUAGACCAGGCUAAAGCUGAGAAAGGAGUCGUACUGGUCCACUGCAAUUCUGGAGUUUCGCGUUCUGUCUCGGUUGUCAUCGGAUAUCUGAUGUUAAUGGAAAAUCAGCCAUUUGGUGACACGUUUGCGCUGGUGAAAUCUGCUCGACCGGCCUCUUGUCCAAAUCCAGGUUUCAUGGAACAGCUGAAAAACUUCAGACCACAAGACGCUAUACAAGCAAAUGGUUUGGGUCAUGAUUGAACAUUAUUCUAUACGACUGCAUCCACUCAAUGUUAAAAGGAUAAUUCACCACAUAAUUACAAUUCUGUCUACAUUUCUCAUUCUCGCAUCUUUUUGAAGCUUUAGGGCUUUUCUGGUCUCACUUUAUAUUAGGUGUCUUUAACUACUAUGGAUUUACUAACAUUAAUGCACUUACAGUAUUGAGUUUAUACACCUAUCCCUAACCUUACCUGUAUUGUUUUUGCAAUAUAAUAUAAUAUAUAUUUUUGAUGUAGGUACACCUAAUAUAAAGUGUGACUACUCUCUUUCUUAUGUAAAACACAAACUGUGCUACAUAAGCUGCUCUAAUCUACUCGUUUCCUCAGUAGAUUAGUGAAUAGCUGUCAAUCAUAUUUUUAAAGGCAAGUUUGGUGAAUAACUUACAUUUGAGUCUGUUCCUCACACAAAGCUUAGAAUAUAGCACAUGAGUUAUAUGCAACCACUUUUAUGGAGUUUUUUUUUCACACAAAAAUGAUAUGAGGGUGAGUAAAUAUUGGCAGAAUAUUUUUUUUUUUUUUUUUUUGUGAACUGCUCUUUUAAAGCCACCAGUGCUUCCAUUGCAGUCUCAUGUGGCUUUGAUUUAACACUUUGGACUUGUCUUAUGUGCUAAACCAGCUAAUAAGGAAGAGUGUUCUGGAAAGGUUCUCUCAAUAAAUGUUCUUCCAGUAACAUUAACAGAACAUUCGUUCAAAGUUAUCUGGUGUUUAAUAAUGUUCUCAUUUAUAUUAUAUUUAACUGUUACUACUUGUUUCAGGAUGUGUUUCAGAAAACAUUCAAAAGUAACAAUCCAAUAAGUUUGCAAAAAUUCAUAUAAUUUGGCUAUUUAAAAAAAAUACAUUUAGAAAGUUAAGCGAUCAUUCGGAAAUAAUGUUAUCAUAAGGUUAUGGGAACAUGAGCAAUACGUUCUUCAAACAUUUUAUUGUUAGCUGGGAAUAUGACACAAGUGAGUACACUUGCCUGUGACAUUACAACAACACUGUAAAAAAAUGUUCUGGAAAUUAUCUAUUAAUUUAAAGACAUUUCUUUUAACCCUAAAACACAAUGCAAUGCAGUGCAUAAUUGAACAUACUGAUAAAACUUGUAAAAAAAAAAAUCCUUCAUGUUAAUGCAGCGAGUAAUUCAGACAGUUUUGUAUUAAAUGACAGGAAGAGUGAAUUGCAGUACAAAGAAAUUCACGCUAAUUACAGAAGAGUUUGCAUUAGUUCCCAUUUCCAAUAUACCAUAUUAUUUGUAAUUCCGUAAAUCCAAUUACAGUUCAAUUUCAGGAAUCCACAUUCAAAGGCCAUUCACACCCAGACACUCAUUUUAGGAGCUUAUAUGGGGUAUAUAUGCCGUAUAACAAUAAAUCAGCAUUUAGAUGCAGUUAUCAUCCUGUUCUGCUAAAUUCAUCAGGCGGUUUAUAAUCUUCUUAUCUGAUAGUGACAUCUUGUGGUCACAGCUCACAUUUAGCCUUUUCAUUUGUUUUGUAAAAUUAUUAGAUCCAAUUCAGAUAAUAAAUAAAUAAAGAAUAACAUUCUGUUCUUAGACCAGCUUCUUACUUAGUAAGUUGGUCUUAGAUAAUAAGGCAUUUUGUCAUCAUUUAACUUCCCUGGUUUGCGUCUGGGAUGUUAAGCUAUAUUUAAUGCAAUAAAGAAACUUAUCAACUAUAAAGAGACCAGUUGAAGAAAUAUUCCUGUUACAUCAACUUUUAGCACAUUUUCUUUUGUAAUUUUGUACUUUUCAUUAUAUAUUUGAUUGUUUUUGUCCAUAGAUUGCAUAGUAAUGUAGUGUUUUUUUUAUUAUUAUCUUGUUUAAACCUGUUGUGAUUUUCUGAAGGUAGUAAUUUUUCAUCAUAUUUUUAUUUCUUUAUUAAAACUUCUUGAAUUUUGUGGUGUAGACUGAGCCUGUUUUUUGAUGUUUAGGUAUGAAUGUGUGGAAUGAAUUAUAUAUUGAAUAAAAUAUGUGUAUAAAGAUA